AGCGAAAACGAAAGAAAAACGCGGCAGGAACCAAGGGUGAUAUCACGCACGAUGGCAUUACCUCAUUCGUGGAGCGAUUACCUGAGCGAGUGCGGCAGCCAGUCGCUUGCAGACGGCGUUCGAUCAUAUCCGGCUCCGGACGGAGAAGGCUCGUCGUCUAUCGCAACAUCAAGCUUGUCGGGGAGCAGUCAACGCCAUUCAGCAGCGUCUGCUGCGGGACUGACCAGGGCAGACACGUGGCAGCAGUUCCGGAAGAGACGGGAUACUGCGGACAAAACCAGUGAUUGUUCGGAAUCAGCACAACCGAAAGUGCAGCAGCGAGAGUGUGCCACGUGGCAAGCUGGGAGAGUUUUAAUCUCGUCGGCUUCAUCGGGAUUGCGAUUGUCGUCAAUCCUUGCGGGCAGUAGAACAGCAGGAUCCGGUGUAAGAGGUCGAGGUCGGGUUGACCGACGUGGUGAAGGAGGUGACCACACGGCCAGCGAGGAUGCACUAGGAGUGACGAUCGGGCACGUGGUGACGUCUGCGGCCAUCAGCUCGUCGGUCGGGAUUCGAUCGUCGGCAACAACAGCGCCACUGGCAAGGAAAGCAAAUGCCACGCCGCGUGGGCUGGCGACGACACUGGCUGUCCCCCGACCAUGGGCGUCGGGCAUAGCCUCGGACAUGGGAGUGGCGGCCUCUUCGUUCGGAGCCAGUGCAAGUGGGAUAAGCUCUCAGAUUUUGACGGGCAAGGAGGCAAACCCUGCGGCGGGACCAAAAUCAUUCUCUGGAGGGAAGAGAGUGGAGGAUACUAAGUCAAAUGGAGACGACCACGGCGGGACUCGAUUGAAUCAAGCGGGGUUAGGCCACGUGUCACCAUCUCGUCAGCCGCGCGAGCCCAGCACGCCCUUCUCGUUGACGUCAGCGACGACGAGGACCCUGUCCUUCCCGCCAACUUCGGGUCCGGUGCAGGGCGGGACUAAAGAGUCUGCCGAACCUUCCCGUGGAGGAUCGUCGUCGUUUCACCAACCUCUUCCUCUUCAUCUUCUCCCUACUCCUCUCCCUCUUCUUCUUCCUCCUCCUCCUCCUCCUCCUCCUCCCCCUGCUCAUGCUCCUCUUGCUGUUGCCACUACUGCUCGUCGUGCCGCGGUUGCUGCUCGUGACCUGGAUUCGACCAACAGGAGCAUGUUUGACGUCAACGAGUGCAACUCUAUGGAUGGCUUCGGAGGAGAAGGGCUGGAGGGAAUGCCGGUGUUGCUGCCAGGAAGGUUGACGUCAACGGCUCCAUCCUUGUCUGAGAUCGAGGGAAAGCUCAGUUUCCCUCGUGGUGCUGAUUACAGAAGAGAGGAGGAGAACGGGAGGAGCAACGUAGGAGCAGGCAUGAUUGAGGAGUCGGGUUUAUUGGCGGCGAUGGCGGGGAGGAGGAGGGGGGUUGCAGCUGGCCGUGUUGGAGGCAAUCAGACGAUGACACGUGUCGAGCAAGACGGUCGGUCUGAGGUCCUGACAUCCUCAUUUGUGUACGAGGGAGGGGAAGGGCCAAGGAGAGGACUCCCUGGUGCAAAAGCACUCCUUUCUCCCCUAUCCCUUGAGUUGUACGCCGACAUCUACACUUGUUUGACGAGAGAUUGCAUGGACUCUACCGUGCAGCCCUGCCAAGGUCUAGAUGAGAAUCGCUAUAAGAAGGGGGAUAUCCAACAAGUUCUGGCUUUGCAUUUGAUGGGUGCUGGGAACAAAACGAAGAAGGAGCUUUUGGAGAGAAUGGUCGGGAUGGAACUCUUCCGCCCUUUCAAUUCGACCGUGGAUACGCCGCGGGAACUGCCACGGAUGGCACGGAAGCAUCCCGAUCCCGAUCCAGGUCACGAGCGACAGGAGCAGCAGAGAGAGAAGCGAAGGAGGAUGACCUCCUCGCACACUCAGCCACCGUGCACGGAAUCCAACAUGAUGAUCUCCUAUUUCUGUGACGAUCAAGCUCGCGAGGCGCAGCGAAUCGAGCCGGAUGAGGAAACGGACAAGGAAAUGGAAAAGGAAAUGACCAAGCGAAUGGGAAUGGAUAUGGAAUUACAAGAGGAUAUAAUUGCUCUGGAGUGGGGUGGUGAGGGUGAGACAUGGUCUUUCAACUGGAUGGAGAUAGAGGAAGAGGUGAGGGAGGAGGAGUCGGAGGAAGACGAGCACGACGAAGAGGAGCAGGAGGAGGAGGACGUUGAACCUGUCCUUUGCCAGGAAGGAGGAAGGCUGGAGAGCGAGGGGGAUGGUAGACUAAAGGAUAACGAACUGUUGUCUACGAGCACGCCAUACGAUAACUUAAAGUCUAAUUAUAGCUUUCCGUUAAACUUUCCUGCGAUUAAUAAUUAUUGCCCUCGAUCUAAGGACAAAAACCAGAUUGGCCAUGAGGUUGGGAAAAAUUGUCCACAUUCCCCUGCACCAUUUCCUUCACUGCCUCUUAGACCCCCUCCUCCUCCGCCCAGGGCACCUUUUCCAUCUCUUCCUCCUCCUCCUUCGCCUCUUCCUUCAUUGGCUCUUCGACAUCCUCCUCCUCCUCCUGCUCGUGCUCCUCCUCUUCCCCCUCGUCCUCAAUCGCUUCCAAAGCACCCGCGGAGUAGUGUCAGUGAACUGGAACUUCAGCGUCAGGUCAAAGUUCAUGCAAGAGGUCUGUUAAGAAAAGAUACGUCGACACAAUCCGGCAUGAAAACGACAGACAUUCGAAAGUAUUUCCAACUCGGUAACGUUGCUGCAGUAAUGACAACGAUAGUAGAAAACUCAGCGGUAGUGGAUAAGUCAACGGCAGUAGCAGGUGCGACAGGGGUUGCACAUACGACGAAGUGCCAUCGACAAGCCGGAGCAUUGCCAGCCAACCGGGUUAAUAUGCCAGAUAGUUCAGCGAAGCUUCAGUCAGAUUGCAGCAUAGGACCGGGAAAAGGGACAUCGUCCGCAUCUGAGUCAAUCACGAUGACACGUGGAGGUUGUGGAGGAGAAACAACGAAGUGUCAGCAACAAGUCGGAGCAUCAUCAUCAUCGGCUAAUCGGCUAAAUGCGUCAGACAGUUCAGUGAAAGAUCAGUCAGAUUCCAGGAUGGGAGUGGGCAAAGGCGCAUCUUCAGCAUCUGAGGCAACCACGACCGCACGUGGAGGUUGCGGAGAAGGUGGCCGGUCAUUAUGCAGCGCAAACGGGCCAUGUGCCGAACGCAAAUCAAACAGUGAUUUCACUGAUUUGGAUAUCCGCCCAGUGGUAUCGGUUAUACCCAACGAUCAACAGUGUGCCGCACCACUUGCUAAGUCAAAAGGUGGAGGUCAGUCUGUGCCAGAUCAGUGGACCUGGGGUAAGGGUAGUGAAGGAGGCGCUAGAUCCAACGGCAGGGAUCCGUUGAUAAGCCAAGCAUCAGAACCAAUGGGUGCGAGACCUGUUUGGGACCACAAAGGCGGGAUAAACAGUGAUAGGUCGCCUCAGACUUUGUUCUGCAGGAAGGAAGAAGGUGACAGAGAGAUAGAGAUUACUGGAGCUUCUUCAGAGAGAGGGAAACAGGUGGAUGGAGGCAAAAUCUUCCAUUCCAGUCAAACAGUAACUGCUAUGCCUGAGAGCUAUGAGGCGAGGACUCACGGUUCAAACUCCAGUGCUUCACCCAAUUCACUGAUCUGGAAGUCAGACAGGGAAGAGGUUCUUUUGACCGGUGUACGGGCCCCUGUUACGGAGUGGCAGGGGUCAAGUCAACAGGCCCUGGGCGUGGUAGGGAUGCCACCUGCCAAGAUCCCGGUUCAGAACCACUACACGAAGAUUCAGAAUGAAUCUGUCAGCCGAACUGCCCCUCCCCUGGUGUACGGUUUGUUCCAUGCACUGAACCAGACGUCAGACAGCGAGAGGGAGCUGAAUUUGACAGGUCAACGGGUCCCUGUUGUGGGCCUGACGGGGUCAGGUCAACGGUCUAUGGGCCUUGUUGGUGUGCCGCCUGCCAAGACCAUGUUUCAGACCGAGAGUGUCAGCCAAUUUGCCCCUUCCUUGGCAGACAGCUUGCCCUCAACAAACGAGUCCAACUCUGCUCCUGAGGGCUCAGGCACUCCAGCAGCCAAACCCGCUGAAGCAUUGGACUGCAGUUCUGCAGUGCAGCUCGAACGCUACAUUCAGUCAUCGAGUGUGCAGAGUCUUGUGCCCUUGGGAGCAGUGAACCCUCCUCAGGCCGAAGAAGUCGUGAGAGAAUUGGCAAAAGAGACAUCUGUACCCUACCCCAGCGCCAGGUCCGCGUUUGCAGCCGGUCUUGGUAAACUACGACCUGACACAGUGCAUUCAACAGAAGCCGAUAGCGUGGCAGUGGCAAAUGGAGGAGAUGGCUCAUCUGCAGCAGCAGCCCGGGUGGCAGUGGCAGAUGGCGGAGACAACGCACCUCCUGACCGUUGUCAUAGAAAGGAAACCAAACACUCUGCAGAGAGAUUGGAGAUAGAUUCUGGACUCGCGGGAAAACGAGAACCGGAUGGAGACAUUGGAUUUACAGGACAACAACCUUCAGACCUUAGUCAAAGGUCUCUGAACCCCAAAGUCAAAGUCAAUGGAGAACUUCCCUGUCAUCUGCGAAAAGCUGACAAGCCUGUAGACAGGGAGUUGCAGGUUCCUUGUCCUGAAUUGCAGUCUGCUGAGUUGGAAGAAGAUGGACUGAGCUCGAGCUCGGUGACUGAGGGCAACGAGAUGCUUCGCACAGAGCCAGAGUUGGCUGCGCAAAGUGCGAUAAUGCCAACAAUUCGCUCACGCGUGAACGGUGCAUCUGUGCGAGGGACCAACAGAUUAAUCAGUGAAACAUCUUGCAGGUCAUUACGAAGGGAAAUCAAAACAACCGUCGAUACUUCUGAGAUGUCACAGGCCACUCGCAGUAUUGAGCAGAAACAAGGCAGAGAUCUUGGUAGUCAUUCCAGGAGUCUGGUUGAGCACCUGACCUUGUCCCACCUUGAGGCGGACACAUUGAUGACACUCACUGUGCAUGGCAACCAUUCGUCCGGGGAGAGAAGCAGAGUUUCCCAUGCAGUGAAGGAUACAGCUGCUCAGGCUUUCACUUGUGGUGAUAUGUCAACCGGUACCACGUCCGAUGCUGGAAUAGUUUUGGGUUCUGGUUAUUUGACCACGGGCAUCCGGACUGCAUCCGACAACCUGGCCUCCACACUCAGGAGCUGGUGCAGAAGAAGUACUCAGCAACAGAUGCGAUCUGCCCCUAAUGCCGGACUAGAGGCUGCAGCUUCUGCUCAGAGGGAGCCAAUCGUUAUGAGCGUCACGAAAACAGAUUCCGAAGCACAAAUUCCUGACCCUGGAACACUCGUGCAGACAAGAAAGUGCUACAAUCAACAUCAUGAUGAGAGCAGCCUGCACAAUGACUGGAAUGCAGAAAUGAAGGAGACUACAGCUCAGCCGAGUGCACUCUCUCAGAAAGGCGGUGUUCCGACUGAGGCUGGCAGGACUAAGGGGGCGAUGGGAUGCCCUGAUGAAGAUCAACAUAGAGAUGAUUCAGUUGCUCCACGUGUCAUGGCGGACACACAAGCGAGAAGGCAAUCUCUGCCAGCACGGAGGCGGUCCUGCAGGACAAACUGUGGUGAUCCUAGUAGCACAAGUGGCCCCGGUGGGAGAGGUGGUAGUCAUUGUGGAAAAGCUGCCGAUGGUGUGAAUGGACAGGCUAGUGGGUCAAUUUCAGAAGGGCAUGAUGCACUGUUGGGGUCCGCAACUCAAGCUGGGAAUUAUGAUGUGUCAACUCCUGCUCACAGAGGGAAGCUCAGACAGCAGAUCGAUAUGAGGUCUGAAUCACUGCAACUGGCAGGGGCAGAUGAAAGAGUCACCAUGAGAGCCAAGCUAGGACGGACGAUUAUAAGUGUGUGCAUGGAUGAUAUAGAAAUUAAUGACUCACGGAAAGGUGAGGUUGAUACUCUUCCAGCCGGGGUACAUGUGGGGAUUGUUGUUGAGAUGGUUGGAGUUAAGCAUGAGCCAGAGCUGUGUCCUGAUGGCUGCAUGGAGAAACACGAGUUUUACUUUGUCCGAUUUCCGUGUCAGCGCAAACAACCGAGGCGAGCUCGCCAUUCCUCGUCCAAGGGGGACAUUUCAUCAGAACAGCAAUCGGGUUGUAUGGAUCUGCGGGUAGAUCUCCAUGAUCGGUUACGUGUGUAUAGCUGGCAUCAGCUCACAAACCUGGUGCAGAAGGACACUGAGGCGCUUUCAGAAGCCUGGCUCCUGCUGAGCAAAGGGAAAACUGUGAGUAAAUCGUAAGCCAUGUCUUCUCCAUAGCUCUUCGCUUCACAUUUGAGUCUAGGAGUAGAACGGAUCAGUGAACAGUUACUCUACCACAGC